AAAAACACUUUUACGAAAAAAAUAUAUAUUCUUCCCUUCAUAGAUGCACAUUUUUGUUCUCUCUCUCAUUCUUAGGGCUUUCUCUCUCCUCUCUCCUCUUCUCUCAUUCUCUAUCUGUCUUUCUCUCUCAGGUUUCUCUCUCCUCUCUCCUCUCUCUCUCUCCCUUUCUCUCUCCAGAAGGGCAAAACCCUAAAGAGCCGUUUACACCCCCACAAAUGCCCUCUUCCCGGAUCUAUUUGCAUUUGAAUUUGUUCUGCUGAAAAUUUGGAUGGAUCUGUCUUGGUUCUAGCACUAUUUCGUUGCACAAUGUUUAUUAUGUUUAUUUUAGUUUUGAAGUUAUUGCUUUAUUUAUAAUUUUAUAGCUUUUUAGUGCUCUUUGAUAGCUGCAGUCAUUAGGAUUGCAAUGUACAUAUUGUUCCAAGAUUUGAUGAAAAUUUAAGUUUCAGAUAGCAACUAUACAAUGAGUCGAUCUAAAACACAGAAAAAGUCUAAUCCCUCCUGUUGUGUUUUCAUAACUGUGUAGUUUCAUGGAUGAUGAUGCACUAAACAUGCGCAAUUGGGGUUAUUAUGAACCGACCUUUAAAGGGCAUCUUGGUCUGCAGCUCAUGUCGAGCAUGGCAGACCGUGACACAAAGCAUUUCCUACCCGGGCGUGAUCCUAAUAACAUAAUGGUUGGUGCCAAUGGAGCUUUUCAUCCGCGUGAUUGUGUGGUUUCAGAUGCCUCUGUCCCUAUGCACUAUGUAAGAGACGGUUGGAUAAGCCAGAGAGAGAAGUUUUUGAAUAUGUUACCUCCAAAUCCUAAUUAUGCUGUUCUCCCAGAAGCAUCUGGAGCUCACUCCAUGCAAGUUCUACAACCACCCAAUUCAUCAAGGGAUGAGAAGGUGGGCAGGAUUGAGGAGCCAACCGUAAACAAGGAAGGUAAUCAGUUGAAGAAAAGACAAGGUGGGGGUGCCCCAAAAACACCAAAAGCCAAGAAACCUAGGAAGCCAAAAGAUAGUAGUAAUAAUGCAGUUCAGCGUGCGAAACCAGCUAAGAAAAGUAUGGAUGUUGUCAUAAAUGGGAUUGAUAUGGACAUUUCUGGUAUUCCUAUUCCAGUUUGCUCUUGUACUGGAACUCCUCAGCAAUGUUAUCGAUGGGGCUGUGGUGGCUGGCAGUCUGCUUGUUGCACUACCAAUGUAUCAAUGUACCCCUUGCCAAUGAGCACUAAAAGACGUGGUGCAAGGAUAGCCGGAAGGAAAAUGAGCCAGGGUGCAUUUAAGAAGGUAUUGGAGAAACUUGCUGCUGAAGGUUAUAACUUUGUUAACCCAAUUGAUUUGAGGACUCACUGGGCAAAACACGGUACCAACAAGUUUGUCACUAUCAGGUAGAUUUACGUUGCUGGCACGAUGGUGGGGCUCGCAUUGCAUUUGGUCUGUUUCUCUUGUAUAUAUCUGUGGCCUUUUGCAGAGAUCUAUCUGGUUCAUUGUAGUUCAUGAAUCUUCACAGAUAUGAUACAUGUUUCUGAGAGUCAAACUUCUGCUCUUUUUCAGAAUUGUUAAUUUUUCAGUUCUGUUUGUGUUAUAAAGGCAACUACUAACUUCUCGCCACUGGGAUGUAGGAUGCAGAUGAAUUUAUUUUUUGUUGGAUUUUGGAUAACCUCUUUUUCACCCUUAAAUUGAAUCUUGCAAAGAUUGGUAAAA